UCCCUACAUCUUCUCGCUCACAAUUUUUCUCCCGCCAAAACAGAAACAGCACUCAGUGAGUCAGUACCCGAUAACGAUGUUCGGAACGCAUGGUGAUGGCGCGAAGAGCAAGCUGCGCUCAGUUGACACAAGCGACAUCGGCGAAAUCUUGGCCAUAUACUUUCCCGACAACGAGUUUUCAAUCGACGACGAUAGGUUGAUGCUCACAUUCGAUCUCAUUGGCUUCUUCUCCAGUCCUCCAGGCUUAGAUCUAGCAUUUCAGGUAAAGGAUGACAGCGGCGUGUUCGUUUUAUGGCUUGAUUUUCAAAAUUUUCGAAAAAUAUGCGACGCUGAGGCCUUUUAUGCUGCUUUAGAGGAUAAACCUAAGGUGGCUCUUCUGUGUAUGAGUACUGCAGUUCACAAGGUUCUGUUAACCAAAUGGGAGAACCAAUUGGAAGAUGAAAUGAAGAUAAACAUCCGUCUUCAUAACUACCCUGAGUCAGUGAUUGCUUUGAAGAAUUUGAAAGCAGCAUAUAUUGACAAGCUUGUAUCUGUCCGUGGAUCGGUAGUAAAAGCUAGCACUGUGAGGCCUUUGGUGAUACAAAUGUGUUUUGAAUGUUCAAAGUGCAAAUCCAACAUUCCACGUGUAUUUCCUGAGGGAAAAUUUUCACCUCCAAUGAGUUGUACUUUACAUGGGUGCAAAAGUAGAACCUUCACUCCAGUUCGCUCUUCUGCUCAAAAAAUAGAUUUUCAGAAAAUAAGACUGCAGGAGUUGCUAAAACCCGAAGAUCAUGAAGAAGGUCGAGUGCCUCGUACUGUAGAAUGUGAACUGUCUGAAGAUCUUGUUGAUGCCUGCAUCCCUGGAGAUGUUGUGACUGUUACUGGAAUUAUAAGAGUAAUUAACAAUUACAUGGACAUUGGAGGAGGUAAAUCAAAAAGCAAAAAUCAGGGAUUCUACUAUUUGUAUCUUGAAGCAGUUUCCAUUAAAAAUUCCAAGUCACAGUCUAAUGCCAAGGAUUUGCAAGAUUCUAAUUCUAAUGCUAGAGCUUUGGAGCUGGCUGAUUUGUUCUUAUUCUCUCCAAGGGAUCUGGAAUUUAUUGUGAAGUUUUCGGAGGAAUAUGGUUCUGAUAUCUUCCGACAACUUGUUCAAUCUAUUUGCCCAUCUAUCUAUGGACAUGAACUUGUUAAAGCGGGAAUAACAUUAGCACUGUUUGGUGGUGUACGAAAAUAUUCAACAGACAGAAACAAGGUCCCUGUCAGAGGAGACAUCCAUGUCAUAAUUGUUGGUGAUCCUGGACUCGGCAAGAGCCAACUACUGCAAGCUGCAGCUGCUGUUUCUCCUCGUGGAAUAUAUGUGUGUGGUAAUGCCACAACCAAGGCUGGCCUCACUGUAGCUGUAGUGAAGGAUUCCAUGACAAGUGACUAUGCCUUUGAGGCUGGUGCUAUGGUACUUGCUGACAGUGGAUUAUGCUGUAUUGAUGAGUUUGAUAAAAUGUCCGCAGAACACCAGGCCUUACUAGAAGCCAUGGAACAACAGUGUGUCUCUGUUGCAAAAGCAGGACUUGUGGCCAGUUUAUCAGCACGAACUUCUGUCUUGGCAGCAGCUAACCCUGUUGGUGGUCAUUAUAACCGAGCAAAAACAGUGAAUGAAAAUUUGAAAAUGAGUGCUGCUCUCCUCUCACGAUUUGAUUUAGCUUUCAUAUUACUCGAUAAACCUGAUGAACUACUGGACAAGAGAGUCUCAGAUCACAUCAUGUCACUUCAUUCUGGAUAUCAACAACAUUCUCCAGCAGCCAAAAAGUUAAGAACAGCAUCAGAGAGUACUGAUGGGGUAGAUAUAAGUGUAAAAGGUGGUUCUCUAGUUUCAAGACUAAGACUUGACCCAAGGAAGGAUGGUAAUUUUGUUCCACUACCUGCUCCACUUCUUCGCAAAUAUAUUGCUUAUGCAAGAACGUUUGUCUUCCCUAGAAUGUCACGACCAGCAGCAGAAAUCCUACAGAAGUUUUACUUAAAACUGAGAGACCAUAAUACAUCUGCUGAUAGUACACCUAUAACAGCAAGGCAACUUGAAAGUCUGGUGAGGCUGGCAGAAGCCCGAGCAAAGCUAGACUUAAGAGAAGAAAUAACAGCACAAGAUGCAAUGGAGGUGGUUGAAAUUAUGAAAGAAUCCCUGUAUGAUAAGUAUGUUGAUGAGCAUGGUUUUGUGGAUUUUGGUCGGAGUGGGGGAAUGAGCCAACAGAAAGAAGCAAAACGGUUUUUAAGUGCCCUUAAUAAGCAAUCAGAGUUGCAGCAGAAAGAUUGCUUUUCGAUCUCCGAAAUAUACAGUUUGGCAGAUAGGAUUGGCCUUAGAGUUCCAGACAUUGAUACAUUUGUGGAUAACUUAAACACUGUUGGUUAUCUACUCAAGAAGGGGCCAAAGACAUAUCAGGUACUAUCAUCAUCCUAUUCACGGAGUCAACCAUUAAGGUCAAGAGGCUGAAUGUGUGCAACAUUAGGGGGCAGCCGGGCAGGUUUUUUUCCCUCUUCUCUUCCGUGUUCUCAUGCUCUGUAACAAUACUUCAGAUGCUGCUAGAUUACCGGGUUUCGGUUCAUCCAAUGCCAAAAUGCAGACCUUUUGACAGUUUUAUGCCAUCGUGUAUAACAGAUUCAUCUGUACAUAAUUGUAUAUCUAGUGAUAUUGGAUGAAUUUAAACACUCAACUUUCAAAGGUCUAUUGGCGCAAUUUCUUUGUUAUCAACACUUUGCUAUAGUUAGGAUCAGCUCAAUAUCGAUAAUGUUCAUGCUCAGUCCAGAAGAAUUACAGAGU